UACCUCGUCAGAUUCACUCAUCAACCACAAGCAAUUCAUUGUUGGAAAAAAAAAAAUCAGCAUUAUUUGCAAAAUGGGUUCAAAGGGUGUUGGGUCCAUUUUCAUUAUCUUCCUUAAUCUCCUUUUGGUCUCUACUCUUGUUGCCAGUCAUACUCCUAGGAGACCACCACCACCACCAUGUCUUUCCACACCACCACCUGUUGAUACUCCUUCAACACCACCACCUUCGACACCUCCUUCUCCAUCACCACCUAUCAUAACUCCUUCCGCACCUCCACCUUCGACACCCCCACCUACGACACCUCCUUCCACACCACCGUCAAUUCCUAGGACACCUCCUUCUACACCACCACCGAUUCCGGUGACACCCCCGCAAAAUUGUAACCUUUUAAACUUGAACAUUUGCGCCAAAGUAUUGAAUAAUGUAGUUGUGCUCAACCCACGAAACAAUCGUUGUUGUACCCUCAUCAGCGGCCUUGUUGAUCUAGAUGCCGCUGUGUGUGUUUGCGCUGCACUCAAAGCUAAUAUCAUAGGAAUAAGUGUUAACAUCAAUGCUGACUUGAAAAUAAUCUUGAACAGUUGUGGGGUUAAUACGCCCGCUGGUUUCACAUGUAGACGUUAAGAUAUCAUGUAUGAGCAAUGGCCAAUGAAUGCCAUUGCCAAUGGACGGUUCCUAUUACACUAUAUUAAUUAAUUAUGUACCUAUAAAUUAACAACGUCCAUUUUAUAAUAAUACUAAUCUAUAUAUUUGUGGUGAUCUUGUUCUUAAUUGUGAUAUCAAUGGAAGCCUCUGCAUUUGUUGAA